UAUCUGGUUAUUAUCAAGAUCAAUUUUCUUUUCUUCGCUAAUCACUCCAAAACAGAGGACGGAAACAACACAGAGAUUCAAGGAUCUCGUUUCCCCUUUCCUUCCUUCGUUGUCUGUAAAUCGUGACCAAUUCUAAUUCUUACUUCACCAAUUUCCCUUUUUCAUUUUCUUUUUCUUCCCCAAAUCAGUGAGAGAAAAACCAAUAGAAACAACGCAAAAUUAGGGUACAAAUUCAUUAAUUAUCUAUCUGUUUUUAUUUAUGCUACGAGUGAGUGAAUGAAAACACCGCCAUCACUUCUCUCUCUCACAAUUGACUCGGCCGUCCUUAAUCUCUCCGACAUCUCCGAUCUCUCUCUCAUCCCUGAUCACAUCCUCCUCGACCUCUUCCUGAGAAUAUUGAAGGCUGGAAAGCUGACUGAAAAAGUCUUGAGGCUGUUUAUAGCAACUGGUAAGGAUGAAGUUCUCUCACUUAUUCAGGCACUCAAUAUCCAACAUAUUUUGACCCCUGUGCUUCCUACCAGGUGUUCUGAGAAAUUCUAAGACAAGGUUUAAGCUAUUGUCAGCAGUUUGAAUUCAACUCAUCAGGUUUCAAAGGAGGCUAAACUAGACUUUUGUUUUGUGAGGUAAUCUGUAUUGUGUACCACAGAAGAUGUCUCAAGCAAUUAUCAACGAUAAUGAAGUUGACAUUGUGAUUGGUGCGCUGCACCCUGACCUUACAUCUUUCAUGAAUGAAUGGAGGCCAGUUUUCUCCCGUUUCCACCUGAUAAUUGUCAAAGAUCCUGAUCUCAAUGAGGAACUCCAAAUUCCUGAAGGCUUCAGUGCAGAUGUGUAUACGAAGUCUGAUAUUGACCGAGUGGCGGGUUCUUCAAGUUCUCUUCGCUUCUCUGGCUACUCUUGUAGAUAUUUUGGCAUCCUCAUCUCACGGAAGAAGUAUGUUGUCUGCAUUGAUGAUGAUUGUGUUCCAGCAAAAGAUGAUUCGGGAAAUUUAGUUGAUGCUGUCGCUCAGCAUAUCGUGAACCUCAAGACUCCUGCCACCCCUUUCUUCUUCAAUACGCUGUAUGAUCCAUUCCGUAAAGGUGCAGAUUUUGUUCGCGGGUACCCAUUUAGCUUGAGAAGUGGGGUUGAUUGUGCUCUGUCAUGUGGAUUAUGGCUCAAUCUGGCAGACCUUGAUGCACCAACACAAGCUCUCAAGCCAGGGCAGAGGAAUACGCGUUAUGUAGACGCAGUUCUGACAGUUCCUGUGAGAUCCAUGAUGCCUGUCAGUGGAAUCAACAUUGCCUUUAACCGUGAAGCAGUUGGCCCAGCAUUGAUCCCCGCUUUGAAGUUAGCUGGAGAAGGGAAAUUCAGGUGGGAAACUGUGGAAGAUAUAUGGUGUGGAAUGUGUGUGAAAGUUAUCUGUGACCAUCUAGGCCUUGGUGUCAAGAGUGGGCUGCCCUAUGUUUGGAGAACAGAAAGAGGUGAUGCCAUAGAGAGCUUGAAGAAAGAGUGGGAAGGGGUGAAAUUGAUGGAGGAUGUUGUUCCUUUCUUUCAGUCUGUAAGGCUGCCACAAUCAGCUACUACAGCAGAGGAUUGUGUGGUUGAGAUGGCCAAAACAGUGAAGGAGAAUCUGGGUAAGGUUGAUCCUAUGUUUUCUCAUGCUGCUGAAACCAUGGAAGAGUGGGUCAAGCUUUGGAAGUCAGUUGGAUCUGCUUGAAACUCCUGAACUGUGGUUGGCAUGGUCCGGAUUUGUUUCAUCCUUCCAUGAGGACUCUUGUAGGCGUGAAGGUUAUUGUCUUAGUGGCUUCUAUAUUUCUUUGUUUUGAAUUUUCUAAUUUAUAUCUGCUUUAUUUAUACUUUGUAGUCCACUAAGCUUACUUUUUAUCUGACAGUUAGAUUGGAGGCAGAAUAAAAUGAUAGUACUUAUUGGCUUUGUGCUGAUUGUCAAUUGAAUAAAUGCUUUGUCUUGCUUUA